GAGAGUAUAUUUUUCAUCAUCACCACCUUCAUUUAUUCAUACACACACACAUGCAUGCCCUUAUUAUCUGAUGGUGAACGCAUAGGUCUCUUCUAUCUCUGAUAGUUUAAUGGCGGUUCAAGCUCAGCAUCCUUCAAGUUUCUUCUUCAUCAACAGUAACGGACAAGAAGCGAACGAUUGCUCGUUGCAGCAUCAAGACACUCAUUUCACUAAUUUCAUCAACGCUGGGGUUGAUUCAAGAAAACGAUCAAGAAAAGAUUAUUCAUCGGUGACGACGAUGGCUCCGAUGAACCCUCCACCUCCAAAACCGUCGCAAGUUAUUGACUUAACCGAGUUGAUGCAGAAAACGCCUAAUGUGGUUUCUACUGGUCUUCGAUUAUCUCAUGACCAGUCACAGAAUCAACAACACUUUUAUUCUUCUCUUCCCGGAGAUGUUACCGGAAAGAUUAAACGGCAAAGAGAUGAAUUAGACAGAUUCAUUCAAACUCAGGGGGAGGAACUGCGGCGUACGUUAGCGGAGAACAGAGAGAGGCGCUACGUAGAGCUAUUGUGCGCUGCGGAGGAGAUAGUCGGACGGAAAGUCAGAGAAAAAGAAGCGGAGCUGGAGAAAGCAACGCGUCUUCACGCCGAGCUAGAGGCGCGUGUAGCUCACCUCGCGGAAGAGGCGCGAAACUGGCAGUUAAGAGCGGCGACGCGGGAAGCCGAGGUUUCCUCGUUACAGGCUCAUCUCCAACAAGCAAUAGCAAGCCGCCGAGAUACGGCGGCGAAACAGAGCACGUUCGGAGACGACGACGGCGACGCGGAGGAAGCAGAGGACGCCGAAUCGGUGUACGUGGAUCCGGAGCGGAUUGAACUGUUCGGUCCUAGUUGUAGGAUUUGCCGGCAAAAUUUGGCGACGGUGAUGGCAUUGCCGUGUCGACAUCUGGCUCUAUGUGAAGGAUGCGACGGCGGAACAUUGCGAGCUUGUCCGAUUUGCCUCGCCGUGACAAAUACCGGUGUCGAAAUUUUAUAUUCAUGAUGAUGAGUAUUUAAUGCUAGGCCCGUUAGAGGCCCAUGGGUCCAUCCAGAUCUAGCAACAAACGACACAACAGUACAGCAAAAGGACGUUUUCUUUAGGCAAAAAUAAAUUGAAAAUGAGAUUUGAAAUAUAGUGUAGUUGAUGAUGUACAUAACAUAGGACAUAGCCACAUGUAGUGGCAUUUUUACGUUUUGACAUCUUCGUUUACUUUCUUUCUUUUUGGAAAUUCUUUGUUAUU